AGAGAUUUUGUAAUUUCAUGUUUUGUGCAGUACGUAAUUAUAUCAUAUGCUUGCAGGACACUAUUCGGAUGAGCAGCACAGGUGAUAUGCAAUGCUAUCUUGUCAGUGAUGUACAACACUGCAAGCAUAUUCCUCUCUACGAAGUCCUCUGGUCUGGUAAAUACUGAUCAAAUUGGAAGAAGUUGGUUCAUUGAAGCUUCCAUCGCAUUCUGCAAGAUUCAGCACCUCAACGCCAUGAUAAAUGUUAAAACUCAAGGUUCGGGUGGAAUUACUAUCAAGAAGACCAGCCAGGCCCUGUUAAUCGGUGUAUAUGAUGAGCCUGUGACUCCUGGGCAGUGCAACAUAGUCGUUGAGAGGCUGGGCGAUUACCUUAUCGAGCAGGGUCUCUAAUUGCUUCGGUGAGAGUUGAUUAUCUCCCCAUUCCCCUCCUGUGAUUUGCUGUUUUUGGAGACUUGGCUUGCAUCAGCCGGAAUUCACGUUGAAUUCCUUCUUUUGUUUGACCGUUACAAUUUAAUUUCGACUCAUGCUCUGGGUAUGGAUUGUCGUUGUGAAUGAUAGUCUUUUAAUUUUACGAUCAUUAUCCCCAAAGUUUAUUUUCUUCCUUCUGAUACUUGAAAACAUAUGUAAUUGGUGUCGUUAUCUCCGGAAUGCCUACGUGAAACGGGUGUUUGUACUAUGUAGUUUGGUUUACCAGACCAUGAGUUGGGCGAGCUUGUCUAAAGAUAUUCACCACUUUCGAGUUUUGAGUGGUGAAUUUUAUCAUGAGUAAUGCUAGGGACACUAAAUUAUAGACAAAAUUUGGGCGAGCUUGUCCAGAAUUAAC